GCGGGUGCCGGAUCUACUUUCAGAUCCGAGGAUGUACAAAGAGGCAGGAGGGACACAAAAGAAAAUAAAGGAGAUGCUUAGUGGAGGGGAUGUGAGGAAAAAAGUUGAAAAAUUUAUAGCAAAAUUUUUUAUAUACGAUCAAAUCCCCGCAAAUGCCGUUGCAAGCCCGCACUUCAAAAAUAUGACAAGUGAAGUGCAGCGUGGGGGUGAGGGUGUGCAGCCGUCCACACCCGCACAGAUCAUGGGAAAAUACUUGGAUGAUGAACAUGCAGAAAUGAAGACAUACGUUGAUUCGUAUCGGCAGUCAUGGGAGAUGUACGGCUGUACCGUCAUGUGUGACGGUUGGACCGGACCGACGAAGAUGUCGAUUAUAAAUUUUAUGGUCUAUUCCAGGGGACGAGCGGUAUUCCUAAAGAGUAUAGAUGCGAGUAGUAAGAUCAAGGAUUCUAACUACAUUUACAAACUAAUGCACAACGUCAUGCAAGAUGUUGGGAGGAGAAAUAUUGUGCAGUUUGUUACGAAUAAUGGGAGUGCAUUUGUUAAGGCGGGGAAGGAUAUUCAGAGCAAGUAUCAUAUGUAUUGGACCCCCUGCGCAGCCCAUUGCAUCGAUCUCAUGCUGGAGGGGAUCGGGGAUAGGCCGUCGGUGAAGACUGUAAUUACUGAUGCACGAUUUAUCACAAACUUUGUAUACAACCACAGCUGGUUAUUAGCCGCAAUGCGCGAGAGGUGUGGUGGGGAUAUAAUGCGCCCCGGAGCGACGCGGUUCGCCACAAAUUAUAUCGCCUUAAGUAGCCUUCUUAAACACAAACAGGGGUUACGAGAGCUUUUCGCCUCUCAUGAUUACGUAGAAUGGAAAAAGAGAUUGACGAAAGUAAUCUAUAGAAUUGAGGAGCUGGUGCUAGGAAAUUCAUUUUGGGAUAAAGUGCGUGGUGUUAUAGGUAUUAUAGAGCCUAUUUAUGUGGUGUUGAGGAUGGUGGACAAUGAGACAAAUCCGUCGAUGGGGUUGUUGUAUCCGUCUAUACAGCUGAUGAAAGAGGCCAUCAUGGUUAAAGCUCCCAAUGCAUAUAAGUGGGUGCAUGCAAUAAUAGACGAUCGUUGGGAAAGGACGCUUUCUCACCCACUACAUCAGGCUGCGUAUUUCCUAAAUCCCAAAUACCACUAUAGCCGGAACCUCUUCGAAGAUAAUUCAUUAAAGAGGGUUGUGCAUGAGGUGUACGAUCACUUAUUCCCCGACUGUCCGGGGAAAGGCACCUUUGGUAGUGAGAUUGUUAAAUUCCGAGACGCAGUUGGGAUGUUUGGGUGUCACCCUGCAGUGAAGUCAAGGAACGCCAUGAUGCCAUGUGAAUGGUGGUCCAUGUAUGGGACUGACUGUGAGGUUUUACAACGACUGGCCGUCCGUGUGCUUGCACAGACGGUGUCCUCGUCACCCUGUGAAAGGAAUUGGAGUACAUUCUCCCUCAUACAUACAAAUAAACGUAAUAGAAUAGGGUAUGAGAGGCUUCAGAAGCUAGUGUAUUGUCACUACAAUAUGAAGUUACGGGAGAGGUUGCUCCGCUCGGAAGGAAGAAGAAAAGCACAAGAAGACCCACUGGACCUGAUGACGGUCGGACAGCAUGCAUAUGCUGAGGAUGCGGAGGAUGACCUAGUUUACCAGUGGGUUAGGUCGGAUGACUUAGAUACCUCGGAUGGGCGACCAGAGCCACAUAUUGCGGCAGAAGCAGAGACACAAGGGAUUGAUGUUGACAAACAUGUGGAGCAGCAGAGGUCUCCUGAUGAGGCAUUCGACCCAUUAACGAGGAGUCCGGAGGGCAGCCCGCGACAGUCACUAUCACGCGGGACACGUGGCGGGGAAACAUUGUCUGACACCGAGACUGAGUCAGAGUGAUGCGGGAAAUCAGUCCGGUGAUGAUGAUGGCAGUGAUAAGGGUGACGAUGACUCUGAUGACAGUAAGGAUGAUGAUGAUGGUG